AUGGCUGGCCGAGGCAAAACCCGAGCCAGAAGGGCCGCAAAUGGUACACCUCAGACCAACACUAAAUCCAAGACCAAGCCGUCCGCCAUCGCAUAUCGUGAUAGAAAGAGGCAGGAGCGUGACAUUGGGACGCCUUUUCCCCAAAAGCACCAGGGGAGAGUAGACAAGAGGCGAGCCCUAGCUGAAGAACUUGGUCUCCCACCUGAGACCAAGUUUAUCUUUCGACACCGGAUAACUGAUCCAGAAGAACAGAAAAAAAGGGAAAUCGUCGAGCUUCAUUUCGGGACGACAGCGGUAAUUAAUAAAGAAGAUAACUCAUUGAUUCUAGCUACAGGUGUUGCCAAGCGUGAAGCUGCUAGAGCAGAGGCUGCAGAGGCGAAAAAACGGGCUAGAGAAGCGAAGAAGCAACUUGCUUCUUCAUCCAAGCGCAAAAAACAGUGA